CAUUUCAAUUCAAAGCCCCGUUUGGAGCGUUUCGAGCGUUUGGAGGAUCAGAUCCACGUUGCGUUUUGGCUUCAGCUACCAACAACUGUUAGGAAAUUACACACGCGCUGUCUCUCUCGCUCGUUCGCUGGCCCAGCUCUGUGUGUGUUAAUAAUUUAAAAUAAAACUACGAGCCAGCCGCAGGACGUAGUUGUUAUACCCCUGCGCCUCAGCGUCGUCGUCGCCGUGUGCGUUGUGACCAAGAAGACGGAAAAUUUUUAAAUUGUUUUACAAAUACAUAUUGAGAAAAGAUAUAUAACUACAACUGCAACUGCGUCGUGCAUAAUCUUGUGAUAUAUUAUUUGCCCCUCCUUCUGCAACAUCGAUCCCUGUGCAAUUCUCCGCAACAAAAAAUUAAUCAUAAUUAAAAAUAGUUCUGCAAAAGCAAGCAGAUGGAAGCCACAUAAAAAAUUGAUUAGAAUACAACUGUGAUUUAAACAAAACUCUGAGUUUUUGUUUUUCAAAUUUGUGCAAAUACCACAAAAGUCGAAAUAAAUAAAAAAUCUACGGUUGCAACAAAAUCUGCCUGGAGAUUCGAGCAGUUCCACAGUCACGAAGCGAAAACUACAAGAGGAAGCCGAAGCUGCCUGGAUAAUUGGACGAACUGAUUAACAAAACAGUUAAAGCAAACAAUAAAAAAAUAUAAACGGCGACGAAUCAACACGCUUCCCGCACACACACACACACGCUCACGACUGGGAGUGUUCAGGAAGGAAAGGAGCAGUCGGCAGCCGCUCGACACACAGCAGGAAGCAAACGGAACUUCGCUGGGCGAAAGUGAAGAUAUAGAUUGGCUUGAAACAAUCAAAAACAGAAAUUGCACAGACAAAUAGAGGCGCUCUAGCUUCAGCCAUGGAACGUGAAUCGAAUCCAAUGCAACCCAUGUGCCGCUCUGGUUGCGGCUUCUAUGGUAACCCAGCCACAGAUGGACUCUGCUCGGUGUGCUACAAGGACUCGCUUAGAAAAAAGCAACAGCCGCCUGUGAGCAGUACACCUGUCUCGGUUCCAAGCCCACAGCCUAGCCCCACAUUCAGUCCGGCCAUUGCAAUCACCAACACCGCACAACCCACAGUUACCAGCUUACAACAGCCACACAAUGAUGUCAAAGAGAAAAUCAUCGUAGAAGCCGCCGCUGCUGCUGCUGCCAAAGUCAAUACUGAAGUCAUCACAUCGGCGACCGGUCCAAAUACUUCCACACAAGCAGCCGCCUCUGCCAAUGAGGAGGAUGACAAGGACAAGGAAGAUGAUAAGGAUGCCAAAAAGAAGAAGAACCGAUGUGGCGAAUGCCGCAAAAAGGUUGGACUGACUGGUUUUCAGUGUCGCUGCGGUGGUUUAUACUGCGCUGUGCAUCGUUAUUCUGAUAAACAUAACUGCACAUUCGAUUAUAGAGAGCACGGUGCACAGGAGAUUCGACGCAACAAUCCGGUUGUCGUUGGCGAGAAAAUUCAAAAGAUUUGAAUUUUGCGAGAUAUUGUGCCAGUAACAGUAAACAGUAACAGUAGCCGUAGAAUGAUAAUAACCACAACCCCCUAUACAUAAUGAUAUAUAUAGUAUAUAAAAUGCUAUGCUGUAACAAAAUCUACAAAAACCUUCAACCACAAAUACACACACACACACACACACCAUACACACAAACACGCAGAAGAGUAGUACUAUAAACAAACAAAAAUAAUGUAAUUAUAAUUGUAAAAGAAGCAACAGGCGAAAGCCUGGGUAGCAGUACAAUAGUACGAAAAAAAGAAACGAUAACCAAAUACCACGCAUAAAGUACACCUGCAACAGCAAAUGGAAAAAACAGCAGCAGGAGUCCAUUAACAGCCAUAACGAGGAGCAUCAGUGGAGCAGUGGCAGUGGAGCAGAGAAUACGACUUGAACCAGACGCGCAACAGCGUUAGGCGUUACUGCAAUCUCUCAACAACAAAAACCGAAAUUCAACAACAGCCCAGCCUCUGCACACGAUUGACGGUUGCUGCUGUAGCCAAGUAUGCGCUAAAGAUAUGACAAAAGUUGUUUUGGAACUCCUUCUGUUUUGUUUCACCAAUAAGAAACAUACCAUUUUGCAAAUUGUUUGUAUUUAGCAACAGCAACAACAAAAACACUCCUCACUUUCAACAAAUUUGCAAUGGCAAUAAUGCACACACACAAACAGCAACCAAAACUACAACAACUAUUGUUUCAUGUUAUUGAAGAACGCAACAACAGCCUUUAAAGACAAUGUGGGUCGAAUGUUUUUUGUAAUUUGUUGGAGUGUAUUAAAAAAAUUUUAAAAUAAUAAAAGAAAACCAUUACAAAAUGAACACAAACUAAGCAAAAUUCAAUUGCAACAGAAAAUCUAGAAGAAAAAAAAGGAAGGAAACAAAAUUCAACACACACAUAAAAACAAUUCAACAACCAACACACAAAAACCAACUCUUUCUCAAUUCUUAAUUAUCAGCUACUAAAAAA